UGAGUGAGCGCCUCCAGUGCCGAACGCUGGCGAUUCGGUCGCGGACUUAAAAUCGAAACCCACCAAAACUACAAAAAAAAAAAGCAAAACAAAACUACAAAAAAUCGCACACACAACGAAUCGUUGCAAAUUUUUACAAACUCGAGAACAAAAUGCUGGCUGGAAAAAAAAAUUGUGUGAAAUUCUCGGAGAGCGACGACUGUCCAUGUGUGUUUGUGUGUGUGUGUGUGCAAUUAAAAAUUGCACUGUACUUGCUCUUGGCCUUCCCCGCGACUUGAGCGGAAAAACCAGCGCUCUCUGGGCCACCAUUUUCCUUUUUUUUUUUGCUGUCACUCUGUCUUUCUGCUUCUAGCCUGCAUUCUGGGCUCGCUCUCUGUUAACCAAUUUCGCUUUUAGCCUUUUUUUACCGGCUAGCUGUGAAUGCCAUGAAUGAAGCACCCAUACCAAGGCAGUAAAAAGAGCCGGCACUCUCUCUCUCUCUUUGAGUGACUUCCCAAUGAAUGCACUUUCUGGCCGAGUGGAAAAGGGUGGCUCGGUGUGUGAGUGAGUGCAUCCGCUCGCCAAAGUAAAAAUGCAGCGGACUGCUCAGCUGAGGCAGGCUGGCUUUAGCUUUAUUGUCCGUCGGCUCGAGCGGUUCGCUUCGGUCGCCCCGCUGAUUUGGAUUCGGAUUCGGAUUCUCGGAUUCUCAGUGGCUUCUCGGCGAGAUUCUCCACUAUUCUCAGGCCCGAUUUGGGUUCGGAUCGGCGUGUUGUAAAAAGCGUCGUUCGCAGCUGCAGCGCUGUCGACGUCGCUGCCGGCGGCGCUCUUGCGUAUUAGUAACGUCCGUCUGACAGUGUUGUUGUUUGUUUGUUGUUGACGCUGGUCGCGGUGUGCGAAUUUUUAUUUAUUUUCUACACACACCACUGUAACAUGCUUCCUCUUCCCCACGAAACAACAACAACAAGAAGAAGAACAGCGAAGAGAAAAACAUUUUACGUGCGUUUUUCUUAUGACAAAAAAAAUUUUAGUUGACAUGCCAGACCACUAGAAAAAAAAAUGCUGAAAAUGCAAAAGUGCUGUGACAACCACAUAUACAAGUAAUAGUAAAAAAAAAAGGUUAAUACAAAAAACAAAAACGCCAAACAACCAUAAACAAAGUCAAAGUUUUUAUAGAACUACAAAAAACACAAUAAAUUUUUAAAAUAUUUCCAUAAAUGAGUUUGUAAAUAUUGGGACAGUUCGGCAAGAAAAGUACAGUUGCGAUUUAACUAUAUCGCCCAGAUCUCCCAAAAACAUAAAAACUAUGGCCGACUGUUCAUUUGCCAGAUGUCUGCAAGAGCGUCGGCUCAUCAAAAGGGAGCUGCUGAAAUGGUCCAAGGAUAUGCUGCACAUUGUGGGCUUAGAACGCGUUGCUGAAGAAUUUAUGGGUCGCAGGCAAUGGAAACAUUAUCAAGAGCAACUGACGCGCAGCUUUUGGAAUAUCGAGGAGCAACAGCCCAUAGCAAUACUAGCCGGUUCCGUGGACGAGCCACCGCAAUACAACCACAGCAGCAAGGAGUUCAGCCAGAGCAGCAACCCCAACCACUGUAAAACAGAGAACCACCGUCUAGAAGAGCAGCACCACAACGGCAGCCUGCAGCUGGAAGAAGAUUUUGAGAACAACCAAACAUCACACGAUUCAUCACGUACAGCAACACCGGGAGCCACCAGUACACCAUCACCACCGCCAGAACCCAACGAUUGGAGACCGUCGGCCAAGUGCAAUUUUUGUGUUAACGGUCGCCUGCUAACGGUCAACGCCCAGGGCGAAUUGGUGGCCGAAACAGCAGCAACAGCCACUAGUAGCACUAGUAAUAGCCACAUUCAUCAGCAGCACGACAGUGACAGCAACUCGAGCGCAUCACUGCCCCACCACAGCAGCAAUAACAACAAGAGCAGCAACAACAGCAGUGGCAACAGGGCUCGCCACAUUGCUGCUGCAACAGCAACAGCAACAGCGGCAACAUCCGCCAACUCCCUCGAACUGUACAAGCUGCUGACCCAGCGGGCAGCCAAAAUGACAUCGAUGGACUCGAUGGCCGCCCAGCUGGCGCAAUUCUCACUGCUGGCCGACUUGAACCUGAUCAACUCGCUGGCCAGCCAGCAGCAACAACAACAGCAGCAGCAGCAACAACACCAGCAACAGAUCGCUAGUUCGGUAACGCCAACUACCUCAGAAGUAUCUGCAGCCGCAAUCAGUCCCGCACUCAAAGAUACACCCAGUCCCAGUGCCGAUGCACCGCUCGAUCUUAGCAGCAAGCCAUCGCCGAACUCAUCGAUUAGCGGCGAUGUGAAGUCCGUCAGAGCCUGUGCCACGCCCACGCCGUCAGGAAGGAGGGCGUACAGUGAGGAGGACUUGAGCCGGGCGCUGCAGGACGUGGUGGCCAACAAGCUGGGUCCCCGGAAGGCGGCCAGCCAGCACCAUGUGCCGCGCUCCAUUCUGGUCAACCGGCUGUUCAAGAUGCAAAACGACCUGGACCAGGAACCGGAUGGCGAUGAGCCCGAGGACUCCAACGACGAUGGCGAAGCGGAGGUGGACAGCAAUGCCUCCACUCCGGCGCCGGCAUAUCCGGCGGACUUUGCCAGGGCGCAACUCCGCAAGCUGAGCCACCUGUCCGAGCACAAUGGCAGCGAUCUGGGCGAGGAUCUGGACCGGGGAUCGCCGAAAAUGGGUCGCCAUCCGGGCGGCAGCAGUGCCAGUGGCAAUGCCGGCGGACUGCCCCCCAAUCAGAUGGAUGCCAAUCUCCUGCUGCACACACUGAUGCUGGCUGCGGGAAUUGGGGCAAUGCCCAAGUUGGAUGAAUCGCAGACGGUGGGCGAUCUGAUCAAGGGUCUGCUGGUGGCCAACAGUGGCGGGAUGAUGAACGAGGGUCUGCUCAAUCUGCUGUCCGCCAGUCAGGAGGGCAGCAAUGGCAAUGCCUCGUUGCUGCUGCAACAGCAACAGCAGCAGCAACAUCAUCAGCAGCAGCAGCAACAUGUCACCGCCGCCUAUCGACAUCGCCUGCCCAAAUCGGAGACUCCGGAAACGAACUCCUCGCUGGAUGCCAACGAUGCCAGCGAGGAUCCCAUACUGAAGAUUCCGUCCUUCAAGGUCAGUGGUCCGGCCAGCAGCAGCAGCCUGUCGCCGGGCGGACCGCUGGGUGGUGGUCACCACCAUCAUCAUCCGCUGAAUAACAACAACAACAGCAACAGCCUCAGCAUCAGCAACAACAUCGGCAGCAGCAGCAACAGUCACCGGAACGGCAGCAAUCGCAGUCCCCAUUCCGCAUCGCCCAUGUUGGCAGCGGCCGUGGCCCAAGGUGGCUACUCCGGCGGCAACAGUCUGCUGGCCUCGUCCUCGUCUAGCAUCCAAAAGAUGAUGGCCAGCAAUAUCCAGCGGCAGAUCAACGAGCAGAGUGGCCAGGAUAGCCUCAGGAAUGGCAAUGCCAGCGAUUGCAGCAGCAACAACGGCGGCGGCUCCUCAUCAUCGUUGGGCUACAAGAAGCCGAGCAUUUCGGUGGCCAAGAUCAUUGGCGGCACCGACACCUCCCGCUUCGGCGCCUCUCCCAAUCUCCUCUCGCAGCAGCACCACCAUCCCGGUCACCACCUGACCCACCAGCAGCAGCAGCAGCAACAGCUGAGCGCCCAGGAGGCAGCUGCUCUGGCAGCGGGCAAGGGAACGCGCCCGAAGAGGGGCAAGUACCGGAACUACGACCGCGACAGCCUGGUGGAGGCGGUCAAGGCGGUGCAGCGGGGAGAGAUGUCCGUCCAUCGGGCGGGAAGUUACUACGGAGUACCGCACUCCACCCUGGAGUACAAGGUCAAGGAGCGGCACCUGAUGCGACCGCGCAAGCGGGAGCCCAAGCCUCAACCCGAUCUGGUGGGCCUGACGGGACCGGCCAACAAGCUGCAACUGGACAAGCUGAAGGCCGGACCGCAUGGUGGCUCCAAGCUGAGCAACGCCCUCAAGAACCAGAACAACCAGGCGGCGGCAGCGGCGGCGGCGGCAGCAGCAGCAGCGGCCGCUGCCACGCCCAACGGCCUGAAGCUGCCGCUCUACGAGACCGGCGCCCAGCAGCUGUCCGCCUUUCCGCCGAACAUGUUCUGGCCGCAGCCGAAUGCCACCAACGCCUAUGGCCUGGACUUCAGUCGCAUCACGGAGGCGAUGCGGAAUCCCCAGGCCGCCAACCACCAUGGACAGAUGAAGAGUGCUUUGGAGAUGGCGGAGAACAUGUACGAUGGCAUCAUCCGGAAGACACUGCAGUCCAGCGAGGGCAAUGGCAGUGGGGCGGCGGGCAACGGGAGCAGCAAUGGCAAUGGCCAUGGACAUGCCCUGCUCGAUCAGUUGCUGGUGAAGAAGACCCCGCUGCCGUUCACCAACCAUCGCAACAACGACUAUGCCGCCACCUGUUCGAGUGCCAGCGGGGAGAGUGUGAAGCGAUCGGGCAGUCCGCUGGGCACCUAUGCGGACAUCAAGCGGGAGCGGUUGAGCGCCGACAGCGGCGGCAGCAGCGACGAGGAGCAUCACCACCAGCACCACCAUCAGCACCACCACAUCAACAACAACAACAGCGAUCUGGCGCACAACAAGAACAAGAGUGGCGGCGGCGGUGGCAAUGGCCAGGCCAAUGGGAAUGGCCGGAGCAGCCGGAUGACUUCGCGGGAUGACUCGGAAACGGAUGCCAGCAGUUUGAAGAGCGGCGAGAGUGGCGGUGGCGGCGGUGGCCCCCAAAACCACAAAAUUAUGGAUCUCAAUGGCAGCAGCAGCAGUCACAUCAAGUGUGAAACGGAGGCGGGAUCGGAAAGGGGAACGGGAACGGGAGCGGACUUCACUGGCAGUCCCGCCGGACACACGUCCAUACUGCACGAGAAGCUGGCACAGAUCAAGGCCGAGCAGGUGGAUCAGGUCGAUCAGGUGGAACAGGCGGAGCAGUUAUAGGAGCAGCCGAUGGCCACGAAUCCAGCGUUCGCCUGGCCACCGCUGGCCGCCCACUACUACAGCUUCUAGGGGGAAAAACACCAAAUUAAGCCACGUUUUUUGAUAGUACCAUACAAAACACUAUAUAGAAAUAUAUAUAGACGUAUAUAUUGCCAGCCAGCUGAACGAUGUGGUAAAUGUGCGCUAGCUCUUA